GCGGUCCAGACAAGCCUGCAAACGAGGCGUUCCCAGCCGCCCUGCCUGUCUGUCUGACUGCCUGUCUGGCUGCCCAGCGGAGCUCCAAACCGUCAGUGCCAAACGCUGCCGAGGAUCAGACGAAGAGAAACCCAUCUUCUCCUCCUCCUCCCCCUCGUCGUCUGCCUGCACCGGAGUAAUGAUCUCCGUCUCUCAGAAGCCAGGGAAGCUCGUUGUAGGCGCGGUUUACUUGUGAAUUUUUUUUUUUUUCCCCCCGUAACGAACAUCGUGAAAAUAUGAUGGGACGUGAAAAACUAACUAAGCUAGCUUUUUAGGCUAGCGCCUGUUAGCGUCGAUAGCAGUCUGCUUGCAACAUAACCGAGCUAAUUGGCUAAGAUCUAUAUGCUAAAUUCCUGCAUGUAGUGUCGAACGAGAGGACGUUUUUUUGAAAUUGUACAAAUGGGAAUUGUUUGUAUAUAGUCGAAUUAGUUGUGCAUUGGUUAUUUUAGCGACAUUUAACCUGUUUGCCUAAGUUUUGUAGCACCAGACAGUCGCCCCUAGGCAGCUAGCAUGUUAGCUAGCAGUUAUGGACGUUGGUCGCUGGCUAGUUGUAAAUGGCAGAUCCGUAAAACAAGUUAGCUGCUCGGUGCAUCUUCUCGUUCUCUGCUGGAGCCGACAGCAGGACUAACUUUAACUUUUGUCGGCAGUUAAUGUUAGUUAUUAAACCACUUCAGCCGACCCCCUACCCACCACCACCACCACCAACCACCCCCCAGCACCCCGGACCCAAACACAACAGCGCCUUUUUUUAUUUCGCAUCAAUUCUCGAUGUGUUGUUCCAUGCCUGAGAGAGCAGUUCAAGUUAUUGAGCUGACGUGAGGAAAAAAAGGGGUGAAAACAACGAGUGGAAGCUGAAGGAGAAAAAAAUAAAAUAAUAAUAAUAAAGCAAAGAGGACGAACAAAUACAAGAAGACACGGAGGAGCUCCAACUACCAGAGCAAAGUCGAUGUACACUGUCAUGGCUGGAGGCAGAAUCACGAUGAAAUCACUGGCUAAAUUUGGGUUCUGCCUGACUAUUCUCCUGACUUCUGUGGCUGCGGCGCAGGGCGAGGAGAGGGAGUGUGCCUUCACAGACCAGCAGCAGCAGUGGGAGGUGGAGCGGGUGGCCGGGGGGGAAGGCCGCGUCUCCCCAGAGAACACCACCAUCCGGUGCGCCAAGGGCAGCCACUGUUUUGGCCUGUGGGAGAAAAGUCCUCCGGGCGAAGUGCGACUGGUCAAACAAGGAUGCUGGACUCACCUGGGCGACCACCAGGGUUGCCGCGACGACCGCUGCGUGGUGACCAACCUCCCGCCGCAGAUCCAGAACGGGACGUACCACUUCUGCUGCUGCGGGAGCGACAUGUGCAACGUCAACUUCACGGAGGACUUCCCGCUGCCCAGCCCCACCACUGCACAGCCCAUCUACCCUCGCCCGCUGCGCUACGAAGAGACGGUAAUUAUCGCCCUGGCAACAGUCUCCGUGAUGGCUGUGGUUGCUGUAGCAGCCUUCUUUGGUUACCGCAUGACGCACGGAGAUGGUAAGCAAGGCCUUCACAACCUGAAUAUGAUGGAGGCUGCUGGCUCUGAGAGCUCUCUGGACCUAGACAAUCUCAAACUGCUGGAGCUGAUUGGACGUGGCAGAUACGGCACUGUGUACUGUGGCUCGCUGGAUGAACGGCCCGUCGCUGUGAAGGUGUUCACUGCAGCCAACCGCCAGAACUUCUUAAACGAAUGCUCCAUCUACCGGCUACCGCUGCUGGAGCACGACAACAUCGCUCGGUUUGUGGCUGCUGACGAGCGGACGGGCCAAGAGGGUCGCACGGAGUACCUGCUGGUCAUGGACUACUACCCACAUGGCUCUCUGAACCGCUACCUGAGCAUCCAGACCAACGACUGGGUCAGCAGCUGCCGGCUCGCUCACUCCGUCACCCGUGGCCUGGCGUACCUGCACACGGAGCUCUUCAAAGGAGACUUGUACAAGCCGGCGGUGUCCCACAGGGACCUGAACAGCCGCAAUAUUCUCGUCAAGGCUGACGGCACAUGUGUCAUCAUCGAUUUCGGCCUGUCCAUGAAGCUGACGGGAAACAGGCCGGCACGCCACGGGGAAGAGGAGAACGCUGCUAUAAGUGAGGUGGGGACAAUCCGCUACAUGGCCCCCGAGGUGCUGGAGGGCGCGGUGAACCUGAGGGACUGCGAGUCGGCGCUGAAGCAGGUGGAUAUGUACGCCCUGGGCCUGGUUUACUGGGAGACCUUCAUGAGAUGCACAGACCUUUUCCCAGGAGAGUCUGUGCCAGAGUACCAGAUGGCCUUUCAGGCGGAGGCAGGGAACCACCCAACAUUUGAGGACAUGCAGGUCCUGGUAUCCAGGGAGAAGCAACGGCCCAAAUUCCCCGAGGCCUGGAAAGAGAACAGUUUGGCGGUCCGCUCCCUGAAGGAGACGAUGGAGGACUGCUGGGACCAGGAUGCUGAGGCCCGGCUCACAGCGCAGUGUGCUGAGGAACGACUGGCAGAGCUGCUCCUCAUAUGGGACCGCUCCAAGUCCGUCAGCCCCACGCUCAACCCCAUGUCCACCACGCUACACAAUGAGAGAAAUCGUAUGACGCCAAAGUCUGGCCCGUACACAGACCAUCCAUCCACCUACAUCGAAGAGCAUGAGGGUGUGGCCAAGAACACACAGACGGACACCACCAGCUCUGUGGGUGGCAGAGCUGUGACCGGGACCGGAGAGAGGAACAGGAACUCCAUCAAUCAGGAGCGGCAGCAGCAAGCCAACGCCCGCCUCCCCAGCCCAGAGGGCAGCAGCACCAGCAUGGGUCUGAGAGGAAGCCCCUCGGCCUCCACCACCACCACCACUAUAAUCUCUGAGUCGGACGGACCCGCGGGGGCGGCCACGGUCCCCGUCUGCCUCCACCUGACCCAGGAAGACCUGGAAACCACCAAGCUUGACCCGAAAGAAGUGGACAAGAACCUGAAGGAGAGCUCGGACGAGAACCUGAUGGAGCACUCACAGAAGCAGUUCUGCUCGCCGGACCCGCUGAGCCCCGGCAGCUCCAGCCUCCUGUACCCGCUCAUCAAGAUGGCCAGCGAGGCCUCGGGCACGUCAGACCCCGCCGCCGCCAUGCCCACCACCAUCUUCCCUCUGCCCAAGCAGCAGAACCUGCCCAAGAGGCCGUCCAGUCUGCCCCUGCGCACCAAGCCCACCAAGAAGGAGUCGUCGUCAUCGUCACUCAGGUUCAAGUUUGGACGUUCAGGCAAGUCCAACCUGCGGCAGGUGGAGGGAACAAAGAUGAACAUUGGUGCAGUAACAGGCACAAACACGGCUGUCGAGGCUCACCGGGGCGCGGGCACAAACAACAUACCCGCUCUACGAGACACGCACGUCAACGGCGGCGUUAACGGCGCUGUUAACGGUCACGCCAACGCUGGUAUGUCAUCCAUGGCCGCGGGCGGAGCGACGGGUUUUGGAGGAUCCAGCAUAACUCAGAACGGGUCGGGAGCCAUGAGGUCGGACGACAGCCGCCUGAGCCUCGGCGUCAUCACAGCCAGCCCCGACGAACACGAGCCGCUCCUGAGCCGAGAGCGAGAGCAGCCCGAUCCGAGGGACGCGUCCUCGAGCGUCGCCGCCCUCCGCUCGGCCCGACCCAACACCAACAACAACAACAGCAACACCGGGCACGGCCAGGGGGACGGCGAGAGUGAGGGAGAAAGCGAUGGAGGAGAGGAGGAAGGGAGCGGAGAAGGAGGAAGCAGGGAAACUACGGCGCCGCCGGGAGAAAGCUCGGGCUCUGGGUCUGGCGCCACAGAGGAAGCUCCGGUCACCAUGAGGGGCGAGGCCCUGCUCAGGCAGCCCAGAGCCCGCCGGCCCGAGAGACCCAACUCCCUGGACCUGUCCUUCACAACGCAGGACUUCGCCUCACUAGGGGAGGGCUUCGUCCAGCCAGACGGAGCCUUGGGGACGGGGGAUAAGAUCAAGAAGCGCGUCAAGACGCCUUACUCCCUGAAGAAGUGGCGACCCACCACAUGGGUCAUCUCCACAGACACCAGGGGGCCCGAGGUCAACAACAACGGGUCCACCCGCGGUCAAGGUCACAGUCAGAACCGGCCCAAGUCCAGUUCGGCCAUCUACCUGCGGGGGGGGAGCUUGGCCAGCGAGCCCAGCGACACGCAUGUGUGAACUCGGACCCUCUGACAAUACUGAAAAAAAUAACCAGAGAGCGUUUGGUUUCUGUCUGUUGAGCUCUCUGCUCUGAAUCAGCAAGAGGAAGCUAUGGAGUGUGUCGUGAACAAACAGUCGAGUCUGAUCGUGUACAGUAAUUAGGUUUGUCUCGCUCCUGUGUGUCUUUCUGAUGAUGGCAUUGCUUUAAAUGGAAUCCAGCUAUGCAGCAUUCUCAUCCGCUUCUGUUCCCGCUUCUUUUUAUUAAUCUCCCCUUCGUCAGUUCGUUUCAUGUUUCAUCCCCAUGAGCAUAGCGGUGUUUUUGAAUGGAUUUCCUUUUUCUUCUAUGUGCACUUUGAACCGAUUAAAAUCAGUGUUUAGAAAUCCUGUCUGUUGCGACCACGGCGAGAAGUGGUCUAUAAACUUAAACUUAAAAAAAAAAAGGCGAUGAAAAACAAUCAACACUUUGAGCGUUCUCUUUCUCCUGCUCUGCUGUAUCAAGCAACUCGAGAGUCGGCUCUGUAAAAGAAUAGACGGUCUUAAAAGACGGAACAAACUACUUUAACUUUUUAUUUCUUUGAUUUGUAUGCAAUACCAUUUUUUUUUUUUUUGACUGUAUCCAUUUUUUUUGUAUCAUAAUUUUUAAUUGUGCAAUAGGAUGUAGCUUUUAGAUGCUUUCAAUGUUUUCUUCGCUUCCAUUACUUUGUUCAUUGUUUUAUCCUGUCAUUAUUUUAAAAUGUUAAUCUCUGUUGCACUUAUGAAUAGUCACAAUCGUUUUUGUAAACAAUCCAACACACACUAUCAGCCCCUGACUCAAGAGGAGAACAUGGACGACAAUCCUCUUCUCUUUUUCUUCUUCUCUGGACUAUCUUUAGGGGGCACAAACACUGACAACCGAUCCCGGAAGAGUGUGUUUUCAUGGAACUUCUCUGCUUGCACAAUUACACCAGGAAUGGCUCAAACUCUGGGGUCUCGUAACACUACAAUCAUUCUUUGAAUCCAAUCCACGGAGGGAUCUGUUACAGUGCACUACCACCCGACCUCACUGUGGACUGUUUGGACUGUGUCUCGCAGUCUGUGUGUGACUGAAAGACCAGAAACACUAAGAAAGCCCAGAUUCUGCUCUUUGAACUCUGUCGGAAAUCAGAAACUAGUCUAUUAAAAAAAAAACUAAAAAAAAACCAAACCCCUCCGAAGCACGCUGGAUAUUAUUUCUGCUUCUUGUUGUCUCAUCCUUUUGAUGUUUGAAUGACUGAUUCAGUGAGUGUGCGUGUGAAUGUGCACGUGUCGUGUUUCUUUCCAUCAGCAAGCAUUAAAACUGUUGGGGCCUAGCGCUGUACAGGCGUGCUGAAAUGUCAUUGUACUCAUUCUGUAUUUUCAGCGCUGCUUCAGGGCAUAUGAAAAGAUCUCAUUUAUGUUUUUGUAAUUUGUAAUUUGUAUGAAAAAAAACAUGUAUGUGUAUUGCAUUGAUAUUUGCAUCAUUUUUAUGGAGUUCUGUUUUGCAUUCAAUGGACAUGGCCUUUGAUUCCAUUGCUAUGCGUAUGCUCGGUACAGUUUCUGUAAACAUUUUCAAGUCAAUAUGGAAGAAAAAAAUCUCAAUAAAUGUAUGAAAUAAU